GUCUAAUGAAUGUUUGUUGUGCUGGAGUGAACGCUCAGGAAAAUCCUGGCUGAGACUGAAACUCUUUUCUUUUCGUAGGGAAUGCAGUCGGAUUUUUGGUGAAGAUGGUCUGACGCUGAAACUCUUUCUUAAAAGGACUGCUCCCUUUUCUAUUCUGUGGACUUUGACUAACUACCUGUAUUUACUGGCUUUAAAGAAGCUGACAGCCACAGACGUCUCUGCCCUCUUCUGUUGUAACAAAGCUUUUGUCUUCUUGCUUUCUUGGAUUGUGCUGAAAGACAGGUUCAUGGGAGCAAGGAUAGUUGCAGCAAUCAUGGCAAUCACAGGAAUUGUGAUGAUGGCAUAUGCAGAUGGUUUCCAGGGAGAUUCAAUCAUUGGGGUGGCAUAUGCUGUGGGAUCAGCCUCCACAUCUGCCUUGUAUAAGGUUUUGUUCAAAAUGUUCCUUGGAAGUGCAAACUUCGGGGAAGCAGCUCAUUUUGUGUCUACACUGGGCUUCUUCAAUUUCAUCUUCAUCUCUGUCACCCCAAUCAUACUGUAUUUUACAAAAGUGGAGUACUGGUACCCUUUCUCUGCUGUGCCCUGGGGUUACCUGUGUGGAGUAGCUGGCCUCUGGUUAGCUUUCAAUAUCCUGGUUAACGUUGGUGUCGUGCUCACAUACCCCAUCCUGAUCUCCAUUGGCACAGUGCUCAGCGUCCCUGGAAAUGCAGCCGUGGAUCUGGUGAAGCACAAAAUGAUCUUCAGCGUGGUGAGGUUGGGAGCCACCAUCAUCAUCUGCAUCGGGUUCCUGCUCAUGCUGCUCCCCGAGGAAUGGGACGAGAUAACCCUGAGGUUCAUCAACAGCCUGAAGGAGAAGAAGAGUGAGGAUCAUGCUGAUGAGAUCACAGAGUCCAGCGUACACACGAGGAGCAGGAGCAGAGCUAACGGGACAGUGUCUAUACCACUGGCUUAGGGCUGGUGGACCUCCCCUGCACGCAGAUGUAUAUUCUGUGAAUAUAGCUGAAAUCCCCUCACCACCUGUAUGCUUAAAAAAAAAAUGACAUUUAACCUGAACAAGGGAUGGACUGUAAGAUAAGAGAAAUAUGUCUAUAAUAAAUGUUUACAUUUAUACACUUAUCGAGGAACGGGUGUAAAUAACUACAAUAAAAUGUUUUGUAAUAAAAAAAA